GAGUUGGAUGAACGUUCACAAUGUUUUUUUCCCGAGUUCCUAGUUGUCUUGAACGCCCUGAAGUCGACAUCCAAGUUCCAAAUUGUUUUGAACACGGCAUAAAACUGCUUACUAAGGGCGUAAGUGACACUGCUGUCCCCACGUUCUUUCACUUUGACUCCGCCCACUCCGAGUGGGCAUCUCUAAAUGACCAUCGUUCGCACGCCGACAGGAGGAUGCUUAUGGUUUGCCUACGGGGAGAUAGGAGGACGUUGUCGAGGCACUGCCAAGGAGGUGAGUUCAGGGAAAAUCCCUUUUCAGCCUCAAGCCACGUUCACCACCUCUAUAAUAUCCAGUAUGGCUGAAGAAAUGCCUUCAUGGACCUCGGAAAGGUUUGUUGAUAAAGUAUACAUUUCAAAGAGAAGUAUCCGGAAAAACUUAAUAAACAAAAUGCACUAUGUUUCCCACGUGCCCUCAGAGAGUGUAAAAGUCAACACUGCUCACAAAGUGGAAAGUGACUCUAACCCAUCUGAUAAUGACGACACUGACUCCCUCUCAGGUAGUAGCUACACUGGGAUGAUUUAUUUAAACCCACAAACACCUACAUGGACUCUGGCUGAGAAGUUUGCUGGGCUCAACUCUGGAAAAGACAAGAGACUGUCUCCCAAUCAGGACCUCUGUAGUCCUCCAGGUUCACCCGCAGCCAUUAAACAUAAUGUUGCCAAUAGGAGAGGUUCUACAGGUCUGGAGGGGGUCUACUCAGACUCGUCACAACAGGAGGAAGGCAACAUCAAGAAUGGUACUAAAAGACUUUUGCAGAGGAAAGUGUGUAGCGGUGAUCCUUCCGAUCUGAAGCUGCGUCUGGUGAGAGAGAUCAGGCCCAAAACCAAGGAGUCUCUGUCUGAUGUUCGUCAUGAUGUGCGUGAUGUACGUGGUAACAAGUGUAAUUGGAAGGGUGGAGAACCGCUAGUCAUUCCCCCUCCACUAAACAAGGCUAUGGCCAUGAUUGAUGCCUGUGAGGAUAAGGUGCCUAUAGUGUUUGCUGCCAUGAAGAAACGUGGAGUGGAGGGAGACACAGAGAACCGGCCCUACAAGUGCACUCACUGCAACUGGGCCUUUAAGAAGUCCAGCAAUCUGCAGAGUCAUCUGGAUACUCAUAGUGGCCUGAAGCCUCAUAUAUGUGACCUGUGUGGAAAAGCCUAUUCUCACCAAGGCACACUGCAGCAGCACAAGCGCCUGCACACUGGAGAGAGACCGUACCACUGCCCCUUCUGCGAAAAGACGUACAUCUGGUCCUCCGAUUACCGCAAGCACAUUCGCACGCACACCGGAGAGAAACCGUACGUGUGCGAGACCUGCAGCAAGGACUUUGUGCGCUCCUCAGACCUGCGGAAGCAUGAGCGCAACAUGCACACCAAUGAAAAACCCUUCCCGUGCACGCAGUGCGGCAAGACCUUCAACAAGCCACUGUCCCUGCUCCGCCAUGAGCGCACUCACCUGGGCGAGCGGCCCUUCUGCUGUCCCAUCUGCGGGAAAGCCUUUGCCGUGGCCAGCCGUAUGGCAGAGCACCAGAAGGUGCACACCGGGUUGAGACCCUACAUCUGCCUGGUCUGCACCAAGUCCUUCACCAAGUCCUCCAACCUGCUGGAGCACCAGGCCGUACACAGCGGUAUCCGCCCCCACAAGUGUCCUCAGUGCGGGGUGGCAUUCGCCAUGGUGUCCCGCCUGGUCCGUCAUCAGCGUGUCCAUACCGGAGAGAGGCCCUACGACUGCACAGGCUGCAGCAUGUCCUUCAGCCGCACAGCUGCUCUGAAACGCCACCAGGAGCAGACAUGUGCCGGGAGGAUCUUUGUCUGUGUGGAGUGUGACAAGGCUUUCCAGUGUGCCUCUCAGCUCACUGAACACAUGGUAACCAUGGUUGACAGAGGAAGAACAAUGAUUCCAAGCACCACCCUCCUU